UUUAUAGUACCUUAAUAUCUCUAUGGUUGCGACUCUAGUAUAUGUAUUAUUAGUGGUCUCCCCGAAGUUUCCUCCAGAUCAACCGCACCACAUUCACCAAUAAAGACGCAGGCAUUCUAACCCCAUCGUAUGCUACGUGAAUUGCACAAAUACGUUGAACGCAUGAUGAGAAUCUGAUCUGUUCAAGAAAAGUUCGUCCUCUGCCAACACUGUGAACAAGACCAAUUGCUACUGAACGAAGAGAUCUCAACGAAUAGGAAUGGGCGUGCCAAGCGGCAGAAACGUCGAAGCGAUGGACGUGGACGUGAACACAGCGGGCGGCGUGCCGGACGGCGAUGGCGAUGGUGCGCAAGGUGAGCGCAAGGUAGACACCGACAUGCAAACCCUAUGCGACAUCCGCGAGCACACGCGGCAAAUUGAGAAGGCGGUGCAGAACAAGGAGCCACGGUUCGUGUUACGCGCCUUGCGCGCCCUGCCUAACACCCGCCGCCGCCUUAACCCGGUCGUGCUACGCGGUCUCGUCACCGGGUUCUACACCAAGUCCGUUGCCGAGCGCGACGCGUUGCUCGCCUGGGUGGAGGAGCCGAUGGACGUGGACGACUGCCAGGCAAUCACGCAGAAGUUCCGUGGCACCUCGUCGCCGUUACUGCCCGAGAUCGACGGCUACAUCCACCUACUAGUGCUGAUCCGGCUGAUCGACACCGGCAAGUACAACGAGGCGGUACAGUGCUCGGAGCAGCUGGUGCAGAAGAUUGCCGCGCAGAACCGCAGAACGAUAGACCUGAUUGCCGCCAAGUGCUACUUCUACCACUCACGCGCGUACGAGCUGACGGAUCAGCUGGACAAGAUCCGAGGCUUCCUGCACCUGCGUCUCCGCACCGCGACUCUCCGCAAUGAUUUUGAGGGCCAGGCGGUGCUGAUUAACUGUCUGCUGCGCAACUACCUGCACUACAAUCUCUACGAUCAGGCAGACAAACUAGUGCUCAAGUCUACUUUCCCCGAGUCGGCUAGCAACAACGAGUGGGCGCGUUUUCUCUAUUACCUCGGCAGGAUAAAAGCCGCCCGACUGGAGUACUCGGCCGCGCACAAGUACCUGGUCCAGGCGAUGCGCAAGGCACCACAGACUACAGCAGUCGGAUUCCGGCAAACGGUACAGAAACUCGCGGUCGCUGUGGAACUGCUACUUGGCGAUAUCCCGGAGCGGCAGAUCUUCCGACAGGCUCCUUUGCGCCGCGCUCUUGCUCCGUACUUUCAACUCACUCAGGCGGUGCGCCUCGGCAAUCUGCAGCGCUUCGGCGAAGUCCUAGAGAACUUUGGGCCGCAGUUCCGCGCCGAUCACACGUUUACGCUGAUUCUGCGGCUGCGACACAACGUCAUCAAGACGGCAAUACGCUCGAUCGGACUCUCCUACUCGCGUAUCUCGCCGGCCGACAUCGCCCGCAAGCUCGGCCUCGAUUCCAGCGUCGACGCGGAGUUCAUCGUCGCGAAGGCGAUUCGCGACGGGGUUAUCGAAGCCACCCUGGACCCGGAAAACGGCUACAUGCGCAGCAAGGAAACCACAGACAUCUAUUGCACCAAGGAGCCGUUGCUCGCCUUCCAUCAGAGGAUCACCUUUUGCUUGGAUCUGCAUAAUCAGAGCGUCAAGGCGAUGCGCUAUCCGCCAAAGUCAUACGGAAAGGAUCUUGAGUCCGCAGAAGAGCGCAGGGAGCGGGAGCAACAGGAUCUAGAGCUGGCCAAGGAAAUGGCUGAGGAAGAUGACGAUGGUUUUCCUUGAAGAUCCGCGCUACGCGUCUGCGGAGCUUUAAUAAAGUUAGGAAAGUGUGACGAUUCAAAGAGACUAAUAAUGCGUGCUUUUCUAAUGCUAAAUAAAAUUCGUAGAACGCAUCUAUGAAAUGUGGACUAAUAAAAGGAUUCAGGCGUGAUGUUUACAAAAUGCACUCUCGCAUUUGUAAACGUUAAUGACUUAAAAAAUGAAUACUACGAAUUAAAUUAUGUAUAAGUAUAUGUAAUAUGAAAUGAAAAUUGCAAUUGAUUUAAUAAAAUAAUUAAUUCUUGA